GACAAACCUGAUAUGGCUGAGAUCGAGGAAUUUGAUAAGCUGAAAUUGAAGACAGAAACGCAAGAGAAAAAUUCGCUGCCUUCCAAAGAAACGAUCAAACAGGAGAAGCAAGCAGGCAAGUCAUAG